GACAUUUUGACGAUAAAAACAUCCCGCUGUCAACUUUUUAAACCCCGCUCACUCUGACGUCUGCGUAAGGGUCGCUCGCUUGAUCUUUUGACUGUCGGUCAGACAGCUUUAAAGCGGGACUCGACGAGUUAUCCGAGCGGGAAGAGAGGGAAAGUCUGCGGGGAGGCUAUGUGAGUUAGCACAACUCCUGCCACAUCGUCACAGGCUGAAGGGCCGAGGGGUUGAUUUUGGAGUAUGUGACCAAAGAGGCGUCGUCUUGUUUCAAAGUCAAACCAUGGCUCGGGACGAGGAAGAGGAAGAGGGGCUGACGGUGGAAGGACCCAAAGAGGUGGACAUGUUCACAUCGGUGCGUUGCCUUGGUUACCUGUCCAGCGUCAACCUCCUGGUCGCCGUGUGCGUCGGCAUGUACGUACGCUGGGAGGUGACGAGCGAGCCCAUGAUCCUCGUCAUCUUCAUCCUGGGCCUCUUCGUCCUGGGCAUAGCCAGCAUCCUCCAUUACUACUUCGCCAUGGAGAAAGCCAGCCUCAGCUUGUUCCACCUGUGGUUCGGCUUUCUGCUCGGCCUUCUGUGCUUCCUCAACAGCCCCGCCUUGGAUUUGAAUGUCAAGGAACUGGUCACCAACUAUCUGCUGUUGGCCAGCGUGAUCAUGAAAGCGGUGUGGGCUGCGACGGAGCGGAUAUGCAGCUCCGUUCGUUACAAACCCACCUUGCUGACGUCGGCUGAGCUGCUGGAGCUCCUUGGAUUCGGCAUUGCCAGCACUACCAUGCUUCUCCACAAGUCAAUAGCCAUAAUAGGCUUGGUGGUGGCCCUGGGGGCUCUCAUUGUGGACCUGAGGAUGAAAUCCCUCCUGGCUUUGCCUAACCUGGCAAGUUUUGCCUUGGUUACCUCUCUGGUGUUUUUCCAGGCUUUAGGAAUAACAGCCAACCCUUACGCCUUAGGCUGCUACCUGGGCAGGCUGCUGUGCGAGCCCGUGUUGGACAUCUACUUCAGUGGGCUGGGCUCCAGCGAGCGCUGGAUACCGGUGCUCUCCAUGGGGAAGGUGUGGAGGAGGCUGUCCCUGCUGCCUCUGAGUCUGAUUGAGCUGGGCUUCUUUGUCCUUGCCGCCUUAAAGCUUGGCCACUUGGAGCUUUGGUAUCUGGUGAUCCCAGGUUUCUGCCUCUUUGGCCUUUUCUGGUCCAUCUGCCACAUAAUUCUGCUGAUCACAAUAUGGGGCUUCCACACCAAGUUGAGUGACUGUCAGAAGGCCUGGCGGGCCCAGAGAUCCAGUAGCCGGAGUCUCAACCAAGUCAUGGCCUCCAGGGGCAUCCGACACUUCUGCCUCAUCUCAGAACGCCUCGUGUUCUUCAGUAUCCUGUCGACGGUCAUACUGGGAGCUGUGUCCUGGCAGCCCUCCAGCGGUCUCUUUCUCAGCGCUCUGCUGGUGGUGCUGCCUUUGGAGUCUCUGGCCCAUGGCUUGUUCCACGAGCUGGGCAGCUGCCUGGGGGGAACCUGCGUUGGCUACGCUCUGGUCAUACCCACUGCUUACUGCAGCGCUGAUGGCCAGCCCACUCUGCUCCCACCCGAGCAGGUGCAACAGCUGAACCUGCGCUCGACGGGCAUGCUGAACAACGUGCAGCGCCUCUUCUCCCACCACAUGAUCCAGACGUUCGGCUGCGACUACUCCACCAGCGGCGUCACGUUGGAGGCCUUGCUGACGAAGCUGCGCAACUUUCUGGAGCUACGAACGGAUGACGGACCCCGCCAUGACACCUUUCUCAUUUUCUACAGUGGGCACACGCACAAAGGCACCGGAUCCUGGGCUCUGGCUGGAGGUGAGAGCCUCCACCUGGCCCAGCUGCUGGAGUUAUGGAAGGAGAAGAAUGCCGGCCACUGCUCCCGUCUCAUCAUCGUCCUGGAUACCGAAAACUCCCUCCCCUGGGUGAAGGAGGUGCGCAGGAUGGAGGGCGUCUACAUAGCCGUGCAGGGGGCCGAGCUGUCCACAACAAGGGUGGACCCAGAGGCCGGAGACAUCCCGUUCCUCGGGGACUUCACCUCCGAGUGGGUGGAGUUCAACUGCAACCCAGACAGCGACACCCAGUGGUCCGAAAAGGGGAGGACAAUGACGGCCAUCUACGGCGUGUCCAAACGCUGGAGCGACUACACGCUUCACCUUCCCACCGGAAGCGACGUGGCCAAGCACUGGAAGACACACUUCCCUAAGGCUACAUAUCCCAUGGUGCACCUCUCCAACUGGUGCUGCGGCCUCAACCUGUUCUGGUUAUGUAGCGUCUGUCUGCGCUGCUUCAGGAGGUGUAAGCUCGCAUGGUUUCCACCGGCUGUUCUGGACACGGGGCAGGGCAUUAAACUGGUGCACUCUUAGAAAUGAGGUGAAGCUGGGCAGAGUGAGAACAAGGGCGGAGUAAAAUAUGGCCUUCUUUUCGAAAGGUUGUUCGGCUCCUUCAAAUGUAUUUUUGAAUAACGUUUAAUUGCCAUCACACAGAGACGUUGUUUGGGGGUAAUUUUAGAGCAAAAUCGGUUCAAUUUUAUAAAAAGCAACCCUGUUUAAGGGAGUGAAAAGCCAAAUAAAAGAACCUCUUAUGUGCUUUUAAUGGUGAUCUCCAAAAAAAUUGGAUAAAACCUUAUUAAGUAUGUAAUUAUGGUUUAUUUAUGAGGUACAAGAAAAAUAAUAAUUGUGUAUUUCUGUAUGCGUUUUUUAAUUUUUUCGGGACUGUCAUUUACCAUUACGAUAAUUAUUUCUUUUGAUGUGUUUUUUUUUUUUUUACAUGUAAUUUUUUUCAUCCACACGGUGCCUUGAAAAUGGAUUGGGGGUCACCUUGAAUGCCUUAUUCCUUAUAUGUAAAUGUAUGUAUAUACCCUUACGUUGCCUCUUAUUUAUAUUCAGAGGAUUUAGCUCAUGCCGUUUACUUAAACUGUGUAAGCAGGGAGCGUCUUCCUCAAGCCUUGACGUCGCGUUGGGGAUGAACUCGGUGACCUUUUGGGUAACGGACGGUCCAACCAAGAUGCCAACCUGUUGCUCUUUGCUGUCGGAUCUUUUUCUCGUCACUUUCAAGCUGUUUGAAGUUAAGGCCUCGUGCUGUUUAUUUAGACAAAUUAAUUUGCUCGCUGUUGACCUCGCCAUGCUGUGAAACAGUGACUUAGCAUGCAAAAAGACAAAUCAAGAAGCUCCCAAUGCUUUUUUUCUUCUUUUUUUCUUACUGCACUGACCUUAGGAACUCAUAUUGACCAUCCUUUAUUUCCCACUUUAUUUGCGGUGUUGGAUCUCUUUAAACUCUGGAGUGGAUUGCUGCCUUAAAGUUAAUGUUUCACUGUGAUGUUUCCAACAGGUGAAGUGGCAUUUUUUGCACGUGCCUCUCUUUGAGUUAUGCCUGAAAGUGUCAACAUUAAACUUGGAUAAUAAAACCAUACAUAUGAGAUACA